AUAAUCUUGAUUUAUCUUGUAUUUUAUAUUAAAUGUUUGCUUCCUUUUCUAAAUUUAAUUGAAAGUGCAAUGUAACUACGGCAUUUAUGUUUAUUUGCUCUUCAAAGGCUUUUUCUAUGGUGCCGCAGAGACAAAAUAAGGUGUAGAGCUGGGUCAGCGAAGAGGAAACCGUCAAGGAAAUUCUGCCUUAGCAAUUCUACCUGGAUUCGUAGUGCAAACAUUGACAAAACGAUUGAUUUUAUUUUACGUCUGUCUACAAAUCAAAAACGGUAGAGAUUUUAAUGGCCCUAUUUCUAUCCACAGAACAAGAUCUGACCCUGUUAUCUGAAUAACUGCUUUAAUGAUGCUGCUGUCCUUGGUCCUGAAUAUGAUGCUGAUCUCAGACCUUUGAUGUUUUCUAAUGUACAUUCUUUUACAACAAUAAUUAGAUAAAUCUCAUAUUUAACAUAUUUCUAGUAUGGAGACGGAAACUAGUUUAGAUUUGCACCUAUAUCUUGUAAACGUGAUCUGCACAGAAAUGCUAAACGACUGUACACCUUUAUGUUUUACUAAGUCAAUACGAGAAGAGGUGAAUUUAACGUUGAUGGCUUAAAUCCUGCAGAUGGAGCCCGUGAAUCACAGACCGCAAACAGGUUCAUAACAUGACGUACUUCCUGGGAAUUGUAGGCCAUUUGUAAUUGCCCCGGAUUUGUGCACGGGUGUAUUACGGAGCCCGUUAUUCCGACGAACAAUAAACAAACAAACGCUACAGAUGAAACGUUACAUCACAUGCGGCUAUUUAAUGGCUUACAUUAAUCGCAGCUUUGAUUUACUACGUGCAUCUUUCAGGCAUACAGACAAAAGAAUAAUAAAUAAUUAAAACGGAGGACUACAGGAAGACGCGUGCUGCUGAAAGUUUCAUCGAUCUGCGCGCUCUCUCUGCGCGUGAUGCUGAGUGAGUUCAGGGGGUCUCGCGUAACACAGGCAGCGGCGCGAGCGCUCCGUUAACGGUUUCUUUGCCUUCACAACGGCUGCACUUUACUUUUCCGCGAUGAGGGGAGUUCAAACCGGAGCCGAAAGCUGAAAUGUAAACCCGCUUACCGGAAUUCUGUCUGUGUGAAGCGGAAUGACAGUUCGGUGUGGUAUGCCGUUACUCGAGGAGGGGUCAACGGUCUCAUGUCUGAGGUCAUCAAAGUUCUGAAUUCACGACGUAGACCACAGAUGCGUUAGAAAGCCAGGCAAUCCAGAAAACCAGAGGGCUCUGAGCCUAAGCACUCCUGUUCAUGGAGGGCCGCCGGACCCUGCUGCUGCUGCUGGGGGCGUUUCUGGUCCUCAGGAAAGCUGAGGUCCACGCGACUGCUGACCAAGGCAUCUACACCAACACGUGGGCCAUCCACAUCGAAGGGGGAGCUGAGGAGGCAGAAAGAAUCGCACGCAAACACGGUUUCAUCAGUCACGGAAGGGUGUUCGGGGACUACUAUCAUUUCCAGCACAGGGGUGUGGUGAAGAGAUCUUUGUUCGGCCAUCGCGGAGUUCACGUCCGACUACACACCGAUCCACAGGUGAUUUGGGCCGAGCAGCAGAUUGCCAAGCGACGACACAAGAGAGACAUUCAUAUCGAACCCACAGAUCCGAAAUUCCCUCAGCAGUGGUACCUGCUCAAUCCCAGUCGUGGAGACCUGAAUGUGAGGGAGGCGUGGGCUCAGGGAUUUACAGGAAGAGGAGUGGUCGUGACCAUUCUGGAUGACGGCAUCGAGAAAGAUCACCCCGAUCUCGCCACAAACUACGAUCCAGAUGCCAGUUAUGAUGUGAAUGACAGAGAUCCAGACCCUCAGCCCAGAUACACACAGCUGAAUGACAACAGGCACGGGACCCGUUGCGCCGGAGAGGUCGCGGCUGCGGCAAACAAUGGAGUCUGCGGAGUGGGCGUGGCCCACGAUGCCAAAAUCGGAGGUGUGCGGAUGUUGGACGGAGAGGUAACAGAUGUUGUAGAGGCUCAGUCUCUAAGCCUGAAUUCCCAGCACAUCCACAUUUACAGCGCCAGCUGGGGCCCCGAGGAUGAUGGGAAGACGGUGGACGGCCCUGCCAAGCUGGCCAAAGAAGCGUUCCUGCAGGGGGUCACCGAGGGUCGAGGCGGGUUGGGCUCCAUCUUUGUGUGGGCAUCAGGUAACGGAGGCCGUGAGAGAGACAGCUGCAACUGCGACGGAUACACCAACAGCAUCUACACACUCUCCAUUAGCAGCACCACGCAGUACGGUAACGUACCGUGGUACAGCGAGGCCUGUUCCUCCACUCUCGCCACCACCUACAGCAGUGGAAACCUCAACGAGAAACAGAUUGUGACGACAGACCUCAGGAAGAAGUGUACGGACUCACACACGGGCACGUCCGCAUCCGCUCCCCUGGCUGCCGGAAUCAUCGCUCUCGCUCUGGAGGCCAACAUGAACCUGACCUGGAGAGAUAUGCAGCAUCUGGUUGUGAGAACUUCGCGUCCCGCCCACCUGAUAACUAAUGACUGGAGGACCAAUGGUGUGGGGCGAUUAGUGAGCCAUUCUUACGGCUAUGGUCUGCUGGAUGCCAGCGCCAUGGUCACAUUGGCCCAAAACUGGAGCAGCGUGGGGCCGCAGCACAAAUGUGUCAUUGAUAUGCUUACUGAGCCCAGGGAUAUCAGAAACCAGCUGAUCUUUAGUAAAUCUGUAGAAGCCUGCUCUGGACAGCAGGACUUUGUGAGCUCUCUGGAACACGUGCAGGCAAGACUCACGCUGUCUUAUAACCACAGGGGGAACCUGGCAGUUCACCUUAUCAGCCCACUCGGGACUCGUUCCACGCUGCUGGCUCCACGGCCUCAGGACAACUCAGCCGAAGGCUUUAAUGACUGGGCGUUCAUGACCACACACUCCUGGGACGAGGACCCUCGGGGAGAAUGGACACUGGAGAUUGAGAACGUCGCUGGACUUAAUGAUUACGGAGUUCUGUCUCAGUUCACGCUCAUUCUGUACGGGACCGGCUCCAGCGCCACAGAUCCGUACAUUGUAGACUACACCCGACCCUCAAACAACAGCUGCAAAACGUUUGAUACACAGCAGAUCUGCAUCGAAUGCAGCACGGGCUUCUCGCUUUUCCUGCAAGGCUGCGUGAAGUCCUGCCCUCCCGGCUUCAGCUCCGGGCCGCAGGUCCUCAACUUGUCUUUGGACAACUGGGUGGAGCACUCCACCGUGCAGGCCUGCCUCCCCUGUCACCCGGCCUGCCUGACGUGCUCCGGGCCGGGAGAAAACGAAUGUCUUUCGUGCCCUCCGCACAGUCACCUGGCACUCACUUCCUGCUUGCACCAAAACCAGGUGCAGCGAAAAUCUCCCAGCAUCCCUGUGCUCCCGCACAGAAUAACCGGCGAGGGAGUACCAGGCUCGGAGGGGGCCUUACGGGAGCCCGGGGUGCCCUCGAAAUUGCCGGCGCUGGUGGCGGUGCUCAGCUGUGCCUUCAUCCUGGCUACUUUCGCAGCUGUUUUCGUGUUGCUGCAGCUGCACUCGGGAGCAGCCGGCGCCCCCUUUUUUAGGAGGACCAAAUUGCCAGUGGCGGACUCUGGUGGAGGGGGGAUACGAGUAGGGUUUGGCUUCGGACUCGGACGAGGGAAGGUAUCGUACCGGGGGAUCCCCACUGUGUGGGGGGACGACGAUGCAACAGGGGGGGUGAACUCCGAGUCGGACAGCGAAGAGCUGGAGUUUCACAGCGAAAAGACUGCUUUUAUACGGACUCAAAGUGCUCUUUAGCACCUCCUGUUGGUGUGGAGCUUUUUAUACAUCUGUCUUCCUUAUACUGGGAUGCAGAACUAAUUGCAGAGCCAGUGGGAGUGUGCUGUGCGUGCGUGCGUGAGAGACCAUCACCAUACAUGAGCUAUUCAAGUUCAUCAACGCUAAUUUGACUUUAAUAUCUGAUUAAACGCAGGACAGCUACGCUCAAUGAUUCCUUUUAUUUUGACUCGUGCUUGUAUCAGUGGUCUCAGUUUUAAACCACUAAACAACGUCAAUGAGAUCAGAUGUGCGUAUAUGUUUGUGUGUGUGCGUAGAUGUGCUUGUGCGUGUGCCGGGUUUGUGCAAACCCAACCUUUUACUUCGUAACAUGAAUAAGGGCUGAAAAUUGUUCCAGUCAACUUUUAUUAAAAUGUUUCAGACUGUUUUAUGCACAAAACUUUUUUGCACAAAAGUCCUAUAGCACACUGCCAUUGCAUCACUCGCCAUUCAUCCUAUAAACCCUGGCGAUAAAGUCAACGUACAGCUCUCUGUGCUAGGCAGCGUUCAGCUUCGGGACAUAACCAGCGAUUCAAUCAGGGAUGAUUUAACCGUGCAUAAAUUUAAACGACUGCAAUGACGGCAAAAAAGAGAAUCAUAGCGGCACGGAAGGAGAUAACAUAACGCAGACUUCAGUCUGCCGAGAGCCCCCGGCACGGAUUUGAAGUGGCAGGGAUCGGUCAAAAUAUUGAGCUGAGAGAUCACCUUAUCUGUCUAUCAAGCUAGAUAGAGCAGUGUCUUAGUUUACAGACCGCCCACAGUAUACUGCACACAAUGCUGGAAAAUAGAUGUUUAAUCCAGUAAGCAGUAAUGUGAUAUCUGGUAAUAGUGUGUUCUAUCUUAUUUAAUGAUGAGUCCUCGAUUAGAAUUCCUUUGAUUUUGAUUUAAUGCAUUGGUUAUUCAAAAUGAUAGUUCACCCAAUAAAUAAAAAUUCUGUCAUCAUUUACUCGCCCUCAUGUCAUUUCAAACUUUUAUGACUUUCUUUCUUCUGCAGAACACAAAAGAAGAUAUUCUGAAGAAUGUUGUUAAGCGGCACACAUUCACCUCUAUUGUAUGAACACAAAACCAACGCAAGUGAAUGGGUGCCGGCAGCCAACAUUCUUCAAAAUAUCUUCUUUUGUGUUCUGCGGAAGGAUGAGUAAAAAAUAACAGAAUUUUCAUUUAUUGGGUGAACUAUCACUAGCUAUUUCAGACCGCAGUCAUGACGCAGAUUUAUAAUUGAGACUUUUAAGAUUCACAGUUAGUUCAUUUUGGUUUGUCUGUUCUGGUUUUAAUGAAUUUGUUCCCUCACACAUUUCCCCGCUGAUGUUUUCAUAAUGAGUUUUCAAUAUUAGUGUUGGAAGUAAAAAACAGUCUUUGGUCCUCAGGACGUUCUAUUGAUUUUUAGGACUCAUUUGACUCUACUUCUUUUGCUAGCACAAAAUAGCUCUCAGGAAGAAAUAUGUCAUUUGUUUCCAAAAAGGUCAUCGCCAGCCCUGAGAUGUGAAAUCGGCCCCUGUUUGUUAAGCUGUAGUUCAACUCAUGAUUCACCCUAAAGGAAUACUUCGCCCCAUAAAUCAAAACGUUGUCAUUUAUUCAUCCUCAUGUGGUUCAUAACCUGUAUGUGACUCUUUCUUCUGUAGAACACAAAAGAAGAUAUUUUGAGAAAUGUCUCUGUGGUUUUGUGUCCAUACAGUGGAAGUCAAUGGGACCCAGUUUUGUUUGGUUACUAGGAAUGUAACAAUAUCAAAAUCUCACUGUACGAUAAUACCUCGGUAGAAAGUCCGUGGUAUGAUAUUUAUUGCAAUAUUUAAAAUGACAGUGAUGACUUGGAAAAGUGCCAUAAGCAUCCUCUUUCUUUAUCCUCUAAUCAUAACCGUUGCUUAGAGGUAUGAGUUACUGUAUAGUAUGAGAUGGGUCAAAUGACCUAAAAAUCCCUUUUAUAAAAUAAAAUAAUUGCACCAGAUGGACCUUGACAAAGGUAACAUCUUUUAUUUUUUCUAACAUUCUCUAUUUCAGGCCCGGAAGACGUAUCGUUUCAUACAGUCGUUUUGCCAUUGCGAUAACACAAUAGGUGACAUGUUACCAACAUUCUUCAAAAUAGCUUCUUUGGUGUUCGUCAAAAGAACAAAGUCGUACAGCUUUGAAAUGACAUGAGGGUGAGUAAAUAAUGACAGAAUUUUCAUUUUGGGAUAUAAACUAUCCCCAACUUCAUGUACUCCAUACUACUGUGACGCAACAAUCCAUUUAACUCCGACAGUACAUGGUGAAUGAUAAACAAUAAACUAAAUUAAAUCAAAGUCUAAAACAAUUACCUUAUACUGUACUGUACCUGUAUGAUGUCAAUGAAGCAGCUGAAGAUGCAGGAGUGUAGAGUGGUAAGUGACAUUGACAGUAGUUAAAGUAGGUGAAGAUGAAGAUAUCAAGCGUGCGAAACAAACUUUGAAUAGAAAUGCCAACAACACGAUAAACGUCAAAAUGAUUUUGUUACCACAGCUUUCAGCAUCGCAUCAAGACAUUUGCCGUUUUUAUUAAACUGCUGUCAAUACUGCAGUAAUUGAGUCAAUUGCAAACAUCUGUUGCGUCUGUGUUUAUUCAAAAACAUUUAAAAGUACUUCAAUAUCCCUGUCGAUGCGAGACAGGUGAUGCUGUUAAAACGUUCCUAUCUCAGUAUCUUCUUGCUUGGGUUCCAUCCCAUAAUUGAAGUACAUUUGCUGUACGAUCACCCUAAAUGAAUAACCCACACAUUAUGCGCUUCGCUAAGUAAAGUGUGCAGUGGAUGAUCAUAAAUAUUUCAUGAGUACUUGAUACAAGGCCGAUCCUUAUGACAGUGGAGAAAAAAAGUGCACAUUCUUUUUUUCAUUCCAGAAGAGGGGGAGAGAUCCAGUUUAUGGAAAUGGCACGUUUAAAAAUGCUUUCCAUAAUUAGUUCAGCUGGGAGAAAUGGGAUAUCGUAUUCAAUGCCUGGAGCUUCUGCCUACUUGGCAUUAUAAGUGAGAUUGCUGCCGCCACAGCAAUACAUACAUACGUACAUACUAAUUGAGCAAUAAGACAGAAAGACGGAUGGUCCAGCUACUCGUGGGAGAGGUGUCGUGAUGAUUUCUCUCUUCAGUGUGCACUUCUAAGAGAAGAUUGAAAAUUAAUUUCCUUCAUGCUGGGUUUUUUUUUGUAGCUCUCUUGCAUUGAUUUGCCAUUCGGCCACUAAUGUAACAGAUGUGUCUUUGACUAAUAGUACAAGAGCCGGCGAUGUCGUCGGUUGUAUUUUUACCACACAAAAAAACGGCAUUAUCCUUCUCAGAUGUUCCACUAUAACUUAAUUGAUUUUGUCCGCCUUGUUAAUGGGCCGAACAAUUGGCGCGGAUCUUUAGUUCCUGAGAGACGAGAGGCUAUUUCUGUUCUCUGAAAUGAUUCUUUCAGGCUGAAUUCGCCGUGGCGUGAUGUAAGAGGUUUGUCAUCAUGCUUUUAGAGAAAGAAACUCAACGUGCCCGGAGAAAAAGUUCUGCUGACAUUCAGAACGAGUAGAUGAGGUCGGAUUGUUUGAGCUAAGACUUGGCUGACAUCCUAAGUAAAAUACUCAGACUUCACAUCUUUCAUAAGAGCAUUAUUACCUAGCGUGUUUACCCACCACUUCAAUGAGCAUAUCGGAUGAAUAGCUUUCGAGUUUGUCUUUGUUGUGUAAUAUCCUUUAUUCACUCAGUUCUCGAAUAAAAACAUUGGUU